UUCAGCUGUUUAGAUCUCUUGUUUGACGUUAAUUAUUUCAAUGCCGCCGCGUAUUUUUAAUACAAUUGUUUCAAUAUCGUUUUUUUCAUUGUGGAAAUAACGAAUUUUCAACAUGGUGUUAAGUGAAGUGAAUAAAUUUCUUCAUGAAUUAGAAAAAGCUGAAUUAGAGGCGCCUGGUGGAGUUGCAUCAUCACAAACUUAUGCUCAAUUAUUAGCUGUAUAUCUUUAUCAAAACGAUCUAUGCAAUGCCAAAUACUUGUGGAAGCGGAUACCAACGGAUCUGAAAAGCGGAAAUGCAGAACUUGGUCAAAUAUGGAUGGUAGGACAGCGUAUGUGGCAAAGAGACUGGCCUGCAGUUCAUGUCGCCCUCAAUGCAGAAUGGAGUGAAGAUGUUUCUGAUAUUAUGGCUGCUUUGAAAGAUAAUGUUCGAGAAAGGGCAAUCACCUUAAUAUCAAAGGCUUAUUCUUCACUAAGUUUAACCGUAUUUGCAUCAAUGACAGGCUUAACAUUAGAGGAAGCGCGUCGUGUAGCAAUUGAAAGGGGUUGGAACGUAGAUGGAACAAUGGUGCAACCUUGCAAGAUUCAGAAAGAAGAGAGUAACCUCGUGAACGAGGUGUGUCUUACUGAGGAUCAGCUGUACAAACUCACUCAAUUCGUGUCUUUCUUGGAAAACUGAACAAGCAAUGAAAGUCAUCAAUGAUGAAAUUCACGCAACACAAAGACACGAUCGACAGUACUUUAAACUUAGUUUUACCUCGUAAUCAUAUUAUAUAAAGGAGGAAGUGUGCUUCAAAAGAGACACCUGUGUCCCUUCCCUAAGUAUACACCCCGGACUACCUACGCGUCCUGCUCAUUCAAUCGGAAGACUCACCGAUGAAGCUCGCUGUAAGCAUGGAGUCAACAACUCGAUUAAUCAAUAACCGCCUGCUAUAUGCGAGAAAACUGGCAUUUUCUAGAAGAAGCACUUUCCACAGAAGAGAAGAAAAAAAUACAUGGACCGAAUCGCGGAUUUUAACUUAAUAUUCAAUAUAUAUAUACGUUUUGAUUAAUCAGUUUAACAAUUAAAAUAGCUGGAACAAAUUA